GUGAUAGCCAUGCGACUUCGCUUGGCAAUGAAUUUGUUGGAGAGUGUUUCGUGUAUGAAAUUCAUACCAAUCAUUGGCACACCGAAUAGGAAUGGAUCGUGGUUGCAUAUUUCUAACCCACGCUUGCAACGGGACUGUAUGCACGAACCACUUUAUAACGGAAACGGUGAACUGGUUUUAGUUCUAGGACUGGAUUGCCUUUCUGAGCAACAGAUAUUACAUACGCUCUUGCAUGGCGUUGGUUUCAAAGACGAGGUAUCACAUCCUCAGAGAGAUCAGUACAUAAGAAUAUUAUGGAGCAAUAUUCAUCCGGCGUACCAACAUCUUUUCAAAAUACGACCUCGUGCUAAGAUGUCAAGUAUGAUCGAAUACGACCCAAUGAGUGUAAUGCACUUCCAUGACAGAGCAUUUAGUACCAACGGUCAAGCAACUAUUGUGCCUUUGAUAGCUGGAUUAGUAAUAACACCUUCGGAUAGUUUGUCACAAUUGGAUAAGAUGAAACUGAAAUUGCGCUUUGGCCAUGAAUGCAAUAAACGUAAUGUUGACGUUUUGUUAGAUAUUUGUAAAAAGGUGCUAUACGAAGACAUGAAUCAAGGAAAAAUACUUGAACCAUCUGAAGAUCAAGGUUUAAGUGAAGACGACUUUAAUGUUAGUGGUAAUAAUACUGAUAGCAUUGAAAAUAACGAUCAAAGUAGCAAAGAAAAUAAUCCUGAUCAUAGUUUUACCGUUAAAAAUAAUGAUACACUGAGUUUACAUUUUGAAAAUACAACUGAAAAACAUGAUGGUGAAUAUACGAGAGUAAAAAACUGGUGA